AUGGACCUCAGAGGCCAGGCCGCAGCAUGGACACCUCAACAUGAAUCGGCUACGCAGUACUUGGCUGCAGGGCGACGACAAUUCCCCAGUGAAGCCCCAAACAACCAGACUCUUGGGAUGGCCCAGACGACUUCGUUAUGUGCCAACCAGGGCCAUCCAUACAGCACUAAUGGGUUCGCCCCUGCCUUCCCCUCUCCACCCGCGUCACAGCAUGAGAGCACAGCUCCUCAGCAUGCCAUCAAUCUUCAACAGGACCUGGUCAAUCAUUUGCGGGAUGACAGGGAUCGUCUAGUCAAUGAUAAGGAACGACUCGUUUCCGAGAAGAAUGCACUGCUCGACGAGAAGCGUCUGCUGGUGGAAGACAGGGAACGAGCAGUGAAGGCAACCGAUGAGUUGUUGAGCUCGAAGACUAGACUUUGGCAAGAUUACUACAACGAUGUCAAGUCUCGCGACGAAGAGAUCGCGAAACUGAAAGAAGGCCAUACUUCACUCGAGCGGGAGCUUGGCGUCCUCAAGAAACAGAACAGACGUCUUGCAAGGGAGCUAGAUGAAUUCAUGGAGAAAGACGAAAACGGCGUAGGACCUGAGGACGAUCUGCAGAGCAAGGGCGAAAUCAAGUUUGAGUCGGGUUUGGAAGCAGAGCCAGUACCGAAGGCCAGGAAACAAGCGCGAACUUCUUCCUGGCUCGAAGGUAUCACACAGCCAGAGCAGGCUAUGACUGAGUCACGAAAGCAGAUGGAAGAGCUGUUCGGAGGAAGACACUCAGACACCGCAGUCAACGAUUGUGAUACUGCUGGUGAGCCGCCAACAAAGAGGACAAGGUUUUGUGCGCCCGAUAUGGUUCACGAGAACCACGAGAAAGGUGACACAUCUCCACGACAUGUGCAAUCUCCCUGCGUACGGCCGAGUCUGGGUCAGACUUGUGAUCUGAUCUCCGAUCCGCCAACUACAGAGCAGCAAGGUGCUGCAGAGCUGGUCGGAAAUCCGGCGCUUCUGGCUCCACUGCCUCAGCUCCGGCUGCUUGAAGCAGCGCCGCAAGAUCCACACGACGCAACUGGACUUUCGGAGAGCUUGAGAAAGCUCCAAAAUAACUAUUUGGGUCCUAUGGCUUUCACGAUACGACCAGCUAUCCGACACAACAUUGCAAUCAAAGGUUAUGGCCAGCUCCAGGAAUUGAACAUAAUAGUUCUGGAUUCAAUCUCCGAGACAAUGAGCAUGUUACAGCAAAAAGUCCAGCAGGGCAAGCGGCCCAAGUCGCCGCGCUUCAAGAGCACCCAGGGGUGCUGCUGGUCAUGGACUCACUCAUCCAGCCAUUGUUUGUGGACUACAGAUCAUCCGCGUCUGUUCGCUUGCAGGAGUUGCUUUCAAGCUCAGCGUGCUUGUCUGCUUUGGCAAGGCGAUGGCGUGUGGGAUAUCUUGCCGCUGCCGCCUAAAGUUAGGAAGCAAAAUGCGGCGCAUACGGAUCAUGAGUAUUGCAUUUUCGGGCAGCGUGUUUCGUGGGGAGACUUUGGGGAGUUUGCGCCGGUGUGGGAGCCUUCCAACAGAAAGGAGACAACUACUCAGUCAACUGUGACCAGCCAGACGUAGUACAAGUAGCGUGCCGAUGUAUGGAGAUCAAUACUAUGAGUUCACGUAUGGUCUAAAGACGA